AUGGAUCCUUUAAGCUAAUCAAGUUCUUUUUUUUUNAAGCAGGACCAUUAAAAGGUGUCUUAGGAUUCACUAGUGAUUAAGUUGUCUCAUAAGAUUUCCUUCAUGAUGCUAGGUAUAUAUAAUCUCUUAAUUUUAGAUCAUCUAUUGUUGAUGCUAAAGCUGGUAUUGGAUUGA